CAACUUAACACCAAUGAGAAUGGAAUAGUAGUGGGGUAUUUCUGUUUCUCGGCACAGGCAGUCGGCAGCGAGCCUUCGUGUCACUUUGUGCUCUCUCUACAGCACCAGACAUCUGCGUGGUGUAGAGUACCGAGUAAUACAUACUGCCAGUACCUCAUUUCCUCUUUCACAAACCAUUCUCUACUCCAAUCAUCCCUCUCUUUUUAUUAUUUUUUCCCCCUCAGUUUCACUACUCCAAUUAAAUUUAAUUAUCAUUAUUCAUUUUUUACACAUUUUUAUAACUCACUAUCUAUCUCUAAGACUCAAACAACCAAACGCCUGUUAUUUAACUCAAAUUUAUCACCAAGGCAGUGAAUUUUAUUUAAAUAUUUGAAUCGAGACGAGUGAAAGUAUUUUUUAUAAACGAAAUUAUUAAGUGCCAGCCAGUGGGUAAAUGAACAUCCAGUAGAUAAUUAAAAAAAAAAACAAUUUUUUUGAAAAAAAAGUUACUAAGAUUUUCGGAGCAGUGCUGAAGGUCCUUUCGCGUGACACCUGUCUUCCGGUAGACGUCAAUCGACCAGCGAAUAACACAAACAUAUGCCGCGGUGGUUGUUCAAUUCCAGUGGAAAGUUUCACGAUUAAAAACUCUUGCAGUAAAGAUGGCAUUACAUUAGCGUGUCGAUAAGUGUUUGUUACACUUAACAACUUUAACUAUUUCAAAAUAAUAUUUAUUACGACUCUCUGUUUAUAAUUCAGUGUUAAGUGUCGACGUACAUCAGUCGUGAUUUAAAUAUUAAUCCGUAAUUUAUUAUUUAAAAAAAAAAGAGACCUGUACUUAGUUACUUACGUCAAAGAACCCGAGAGUUGUAUAAAAAUACAUCAGCACUUUUUUGGGCAACCGAUCAUUGGACCACUGCAGUGACUUAUCUUUUACUUAAGUAAAAAACGAGGAAUAAAAGAAUAAAAAAAUAAUCUGUUGGGUAAAAAAGUAAUCGGAGUAAAAAAUAAAUUAAAGAUAAAAAUUAGUAAACUAUUGCAGUGGAUUACGAAAGUUUAGUUUGGUAUUUUUUAUUACACAAAGAGGUCUUGCUCAAAGCACCAACCAAAGAAUCAGUUUUGUUGGAUCAGCAGUCGGAGUCAAUAAGUGUGUCAGUAGAGCUCAGUCAGUCGUCGAAGGCUGAGUAUUUAUCAGUUGCAGUCUAAAUAAUUAUUUAACUGCUUUGGAUUAAAACAAUCGUAGCCGUAAUUGUUUUUUUUUAUAUAUACACUAAAUGUCAUUUGUUUAAAUAAGUAUAUUUAAAUAAACGGAAGUGAUUGUCCUUCAAUCACGUUUCGGUUAAAUCAAUUUGUAUUCCAAGGUAAAAGCUGCUGGCCCACGUGUCAACACUUUCAUCACGUUCUUGCUACAAGGCACGUGGUGACCAACCAAUACAUCUAAAGACCUCACCAUCCAGUUAUAUAUUAUAAUAUAUAUGUAUAUAUAGUACAGUAUAGUAUAGGAAGAUAGAUAGACAAGAAACCACCACUACUAUAUUUUUACUACGUUGAUGUACAGUGCCUUGAAAAGUGCUCAUGCGCUGCUGUUACUGCUCAUAACGUUGUAUAUUUCUUGCUGUUGUUGUUGCUGUUACAGUGAUGAUGCAGUUGUAAAUGGGACGACGAUAAACAUUGUUGUAUUUAACUUGUGUCCUGAAGUUUAUCAGUCCGCGAGUAUUAUUGUUGACGUAAAAACUGCGAUUUAAAUUUAAAGGUGAAUCGCGGCAUUAAAUUAAUAAGCGGUAAUAACCCGCUGUCAUUGGAAAUCAUUCGGAGAAUUUAAUUUAAUACGAAGUAUAUAUUUAUAUAAAUAUAAAUAUAUGUAAUAACAACAACGACAACGGAGAAGUACUUUGUUGGUGUUAAAAAUAAUCUGAAGCCAAAUGGAGUUGAGUAAAAAAUAUUCCCAGUGCACUGAAGAAUAAGAAGAAAAUAAUUUUUAAAAAUUUAUACGCAAAUAUCUGGCGGUUAAUAUAUACGCAUUACGAAGAAGUAGAACGUAAAGAUGCCAAGGUCCUAGCGAAUGUUUGGACCAAAUCUGUGGAUUUUAUUUUUGUUUAUUUAUUUUUUUAUACCGAGUGAUUGACGGUAUAUAUUAUUAUUGUUUGGAUUUAAUAUUGGGUUUAAUUUAACGGAUAAAUGAAGUCGAUUAAGAAAAUUUCGGAGCACGAGAGUGGUUACUUUGAGGAUGGUAGUGAUGUUGAAAUUGUAUUUGAGGACAAUUCUGCUGGAGAUGGAAGAAAAUGGGGCUCCGGUUCCUCCGGAUUAUCUAAGGCCAUAAGAAAACUCGACGUGACCGACUCGCCCGCAUCACCGGACCCGGUGUCGCAGGAAAGAAGUGACGAUGGAGUUAAUUUAGCAGACAGUGGAGGCCAGAGGGUCGAUAUGACGCACUUUGAUCUGCUCAAAGUCCUCGGAACUGGAGCUUAUGGCAAAGUCUUCCUGGUGAGAAAAAGAACUGGUGCUGAUCUUGGUCGUCUCUAUGCAAUGAAGGUCUUGAGAAAGGCGUCGAUAGUCCAGAAAAAAAAGACAACUGAGCACACGAAAACAGAGAGACAAGUCCUGGAGGCUGUUAGAGACAGUCCAUUUUUGGUUACACUCCAUUAUGCCUUUCAGACUGACGCAAAACUUCACUUGAUACUCGAUUAUGUAAGUGGCGGGGAAUUGUUUACUCAUUUGUAUCAACGCGAUCAUUUUUCUGAAGACCAUGUACGGAUAUAUAUUGGAGAAAUUAUUUUAGCUCUCGAGCAUCUGCACAAGCUGGGUAUAAUUUAUCGAGACAUAAAACUUGAAAACAUACUACUGGAUCGUGAAGGCCAUAUUGUGCUCACAGACUUUGGUCUAAGUAAGGAAUUUUUGCCACAUGAGAGAGACAACAAUGCCCGUGCCUAUUCCUUCUGCGGGACCAUCGAGUACAUGGCACCGGAAGUCGUGCAAGGUGGCUCAGCUGGUCACGAUAUUGCUGUCGAUUGGUGGAGUGUUGGAGUAUUGAUGUACGAAUUGCUGACCGGUGCAUCGCCAUUUACAGUUGAAGGCCAGAAGAAUAAUCAACAAGAAAUAUCAAACAGGAUAUUGACAACAGAACCGCCAAUACCAAAAAAUCUUAGUCCAGUGGUACAGAACUUCAUUGAACGAUUGUUGGUUAAAAAUCCUCGUCAGCGGUUGGGUGGUGGGCCACGUGACGCUAAAGAAUUGAAAGAACAUUCGUUUUUUCGAAAUGCACCGCCACCAUUUAGCUGGGAAGCCUUAGAAAAACGACAAAUACCGCCGCCUUUUGUGCCUAAAAUAGCUCAUGAGUUGGAUACAAGUAAUUUUGCUGAUGAAUUUACCAGAAUGGUUGCUGCUGACAGUCCGGCAGUUGUGCCGCCAAAUUACGACAAAUUAUUCCGAGGCUACUCGUACGUCGCGCCGUCAAUAUUAUUCAGCGAUAACACGAUAAGCGAUCAAAUAUUCCGCGAGACCAAUCAAGCCCAACAUUUGACACGGCCGUCGGUGUCAAAUAUACUGGCAAAUAAAUUCGAAGAGUCCGCGUUCUUUCAGCUUUACGAAAUAGACCCGCGUGAAGAGGCGCUCGGUGAUGGAAGUUUUUCAGUGUGCCGUCGAUGCCGUAACCGUGAGACCAAACAAGAGUAUGCUGUUAAAAUAAUAAGCAGAAGAAUAAACAGCGUCCGUGAAGUUGCUAUUCUUCGUGCUUGUCAAGGUCAUCCUAAUAUUGUUAAGCUGAUAGACGUCUAUCAGGAUCGUGCGCACACUUACAUAGUAAUGGAGUUAUUAUCUGGAGGUGAAUUACUCAGAUCUGCUCGUACGUAUACUGAAGAGGAGGCUCGUAAAAUAAUGAAACAAUUAGCAUCAGCAGUACACUUUAUACAUUCUCGUGGUGUUGUUCAUCGUGAUUUAAAACCGGAAAAUUUAGUUUACUCGCAACCUGGCAAUAAUUCACUCAUUAAAAUAGUCGACUUUGGAUUUGCAAGACUGAAACGUUCGUGUGAGCCACUUCAUACUCCAUGUUACACUUAUCCAUAUGCUGCUCCAGAGGUUCUUGCGCACCAGGCUUAUGAUGAGAGCUGUGAUAUGUGGAGUUUAGGUGCCGUUUUGUACUCGUUGUUGUCAGGAAAACUAGCUUACAAAGUUGGAUCACCAGAUCUUGCGUCGAGAAUAAAAUCCGGUGAAAUUGAUUUUAAAUUAUGGACAAACGUCAAUCCGGUUGCACUGUCGGUCAUCAAAGGACUAUUAACUCCAGAGCCUGUUGACAGACUCACUGCCAAUGGUCUAGUUAAUCAUGCAUGGCUGGCAGAGCCAAAAUUGUCUAUUGAAACGAGUCAACAUCACCGAGCCUCGACUUCGGGACCAAGUGAUAAAGCUGGAGGCUUCAGAUUAAAAGAAGUUGAUGGCGCUAAACUUGCUCAGCGGCGUAAACUUCACAAACGUUCGACCUCAAGUUCAGUAUCUUCUUCAACUUCAAACACAUCAUCCUCUAGCCCAUCAAUCCAACUUCUGAGACCGCCGAGUGCUACCACCAGUAUGACAACAUCAGCAUCACCAGCUCAACCAAAUGCCUUUGACUUCAGUGACGACCGUGUAAAUGAAUAUUUAAGUUCGCUGUCGUCUUCGUCAUCAGAUUCAAGUUCGCCGAAGAUAAUUCUCGACACGAAUAGCGAACGUCAACGUGCCUGUGAAUUAAAUGUUGAUAUGCCUAAAAGUAAACGACGAAAGAGAGAUCACAAAGUGGAUGAUCACAAUAAUAUGAGUAAUAAUUCAUCGUCCAGUAAAAGCAGCAGCAGUGGUGUCGUCACAAGAUCACGUAAAAGAAAACUUGAGCAAGCGAGUGGCUCCGAUACUUCCUUUGAGUCUUCUAAUGAUUCUUCUCGAGACAAACAUGAGUCUAAUGUUCACAGAAAACAAAAAUCUGGCAAACGACCUAGACGAUGUCCGGCUAUCAAUGAAUAGAUUUUUUAAAAUUAGUUAGUCAAUUUAUAAAUAUUAUCAAUUUAAAAUCAUUAUUAUUAUCGUUUAUAGAUUAAUACAGUUAUUGUGUUGUAUUUUUUGUCUUUGCUUCGCAUUUUUUUUUUAAAUAAUUUCGAUAGUCGCAGUGUGUUUACAUUCUCGUGCCUGGGACUCGAGAUUCAUCAUUCCUAAAUGUUUAUCAUUUAUUGUAUAUUAAUUAUUGACAUGAAUUUAUUGAUAUUAUUUAUAUAUCAACCGGAAUAUACAUAGAAAUUUAUCAUUGACUUAAAAUUAAUUUUUGUGUAAUGUGUUUAGUUUUUUUUUUGUUUUUUCGCGUAUCGUUUUUCGUAUUUGUUUAUGAAUAUGUGAUUAUUAUAAAUUUAUAAAUUCGUUAAAAAUUAAUUAAACAACAUUACAAUGCAGAAAAAAUUAUGUUACCAUUUAAAUAAUUCACUCUUACGGCAGUUAAUGAGUGACAUAAAAAAUAAUGGUCUUUUUUUGUGCAAUUUAUUUAUUUAGUAAUUAGAAAUAUAUUUUGUAUAGGAAAUAGAUUAUUAUUAUUAUUAUUAUUAUUAUUAUUAUUAUUAUUAUUAUUAUAAAAAAUAGAUAAUGGAGGAGAGAUAAAGAUAAAUAGAAAGAGAAAGCUGUGGCAAAGUGUGAUCAUGAGAGAGCCUUUUUAAAAAAUAUUAAUGAAUUAUUAUUAUUAUUAUUAUUAUUAUUAUUAUUAUUGUAAGCUGUUAUAUUAUUAUUAAUAAUUAAUAUAUAAUUGGAAUUGGCCGUUGCCUUUUUUGCGCCUUCUAGUCUGGCGCACAUUCCCCUGAAUAUUUAAAAUAAUAAUAAUUAUUAUUUGUUUAAUUAAAUAAUAAUUUUGCAGGUAUUUAAUUAAUCAUGUCGGCUUAAAUUCUUUGUAGUUAAAUAAAAUAAUAAAUUAUGAAUUGUGUUAUUAAAAAUAAUAGUAAUAAUUAUUAUUUUUUUGUUUUUAAAUGACCAAAAAAAUAAAUAAGUAAAUAAAGUAACGAAUGCCUUUUAAAAAAAACGUAAAUCAUUAACUGUUUUACCUGACGUAUGGUAAUUGCUGUAAACAAAUAAAAAUGAAAAUAAAUAAAUGAGUGUUAAAUAAAUAAUAAAUAAAUAAAAAUUAUGGUAAAGACUGAAAAGGUUGUUAUGCCAACUCAGGGAACAGAAAUGUUUAUGAUGAAACGUAUAAAAGUUAUAAAUUUAUAAUAAUUGGUCAUAAUAAAAUAUAUAAAUUAUAAAUAAUAAAUAAUAUGGCGCGAGUAAAUGCUGUACGCACAUCUCUACCAAAGACGACUGAAGUUACUGCGCUGUAAGACCAAAAAAAAAUAUUUAAUAAUAAUAAUUACAAUGUUUCAAUUAUUGUAACGUUAAAAGAAAAAAAUUUAAACGCAUUCAAUCGUCACUCGACAAGGGAGAGACCGAGAGCGAGGGGGAGUAAGAAAAUGUAUAUACUUAUAAAUAUAUACAUUAAAUAGGAGAGAAUUUAUAAUAUAUUAUUGAGGAUGUUACGGAAAGGAUAUAUAUAUGAUAAAUGAAAGAAGUAUAGAUAUAUAUACAUAUAUUUAAUAAAAUAAUAAUAAUAGCAUAAUAAAAAUAUUAUUUAAAUAAAAAUCUAUAUUUUUUGUCUAGGAUCAUAAGAGUCAUUAAGAUACUGAUUAAUUAUUGGCAGUUAAAUUGUUUUUUUGCGACAGGGGUUGUAUUAAAAUAUUGAGAAUUAUUUAAAAAUAUAAUAUAAAUAUAAAUGAUAAUAAUAUAUAUGUUAUUUAUAAGAGAAACCUGCAAACUGUCGAAUCACUUAUACAUGCCGAUGUAAAUUAAUUAUCUACGAUGUCAACUUUUAUUGUAAGAAUAAAACCUUUGUUACAGCUGUUGAAAUAAAUCAAUUAUCAUGUUUAAUUAAUAAAUAAUUUUUUUUUU